UCUGAUGUUUCGUCAUUAAAUCAUAAGACGUGCCCAAUAAAUGCCCAAUAAAUACGCCAACUUCGCUUUCAUCUUCGAAAUUUGUGGAACAGUCAUUUAUUUAGACAGGUCUUUUGGUUUCUCUGAUUAAAUAAUGGCUGCAUCUCAGAAAUGUCUUGGGAAAGGAAGUCCUGCUCCUGGUCCAGUGCCAAAGGACCAUAUUCGGCUCUACAGCAUGAGAUUCUGCCCAUUUGCCCAACGAACCAGAUUGGUGCUCAAUGCCAAGGGAAUAAAAUACGACACCGUCAACAUCAAUUUGAAGAACAAGCCUGACUGGUUUCUGGAGAAGAAUCCCCUUGGUUUAGUGCCAGUGCUGGAGACUCAGAGUGGUCAGGUGAUCUACGAGUCUCCAAUCACCUGUGAGUACCUGGACGAGGUCUAUCCUGAGAAGAAGCUGCUCCCGUCUGACCCGUUUGAGAGGGCGCAACAGAGAAUGCUGCUGGAGCUUUUCUCAAAGGUGACUCCCUACUUCUAUAAGAUCCCUGUGAACAGAACAAAAGGAGAGGAUGUGUCUGCACUUGAAAUAGAACUUAAAGACAAACUCUCUCAGUUCAGUGAGAUCCUUCUCAAGAAGAAGAGCAAGUUUUUUGGAGGGGAUUCAAUAACGAUGAUUGACUACAUGAUGUGGCCAUGGUUUGAGAGGCUGGAGAUGAUGAAUCUGAAGCACUGCUUGGACGGCACUCCUGAGCUGAAGAAGUGGACCGAGCACAUGAUGGAGGAUCCCACUGUUAAAGCUACAAUGUUUAGCACAGAAACCUACAUGGUCUUCUAUAAGUCGUACAUGGAGGGAAACCCAAAUUACGAUUACGGUUUAUAGAUUAAUAAAUCUCUGGUAAAUGAUGCUUCUAUUGUCUGUUAAGCUGUUUAAACGGAUGUUUGCUGUGAAAUACAUUCUUUUAUACUCUGACCACAAUUAAUCUGAAAAGAGAAUUUCAUAACUGUUACUUGAUCCUUCAUGUGACAGAUUUUUGGUGGUGGUGUAAAUCUAACUCUGAUCUUUAAAAGCAGAUGUGAAUCUAGUAAGUUCAGUUCACUGGAUCUUUGAUCUCAUCAUUAUUUCUGUUACAAGCAUUCAAAUGAUCUAAAAACUACUUGAUUAGUACUAAAUGUUUAUAGUUUGGAAGCUAAUACACGUGUCUAUGGUUGUUCCAAACAGUUAAUAAUUUUUUUUUCAUGUGACUUGAAAUAAAGAUUGUAUUGUUUACAAUAUUAUGCCAAUUACUCACAACAUGUGAUUGAAAUGUAUUUGUCUUUGAAUCAUUCCGUUUUUUUUUGUCAAACACCUUUAUUUUUGUAUUUCUAGUAAUAAAGCAAACGAAGUCUGUAUGAGUGAUUCAUUUAAU